ACAGUUGACCCGGGUCAAAAAUUCGUACGAAUUCAAUAUAUAUUUUUUAUUUAAAAUUAAAGUAUUUGUCGUGAAUCUUGAAGGCAGGUCUCCUUGUAAGAAAAAGUAAUGUGAUUUGACGUAAUAAAUAUUAAUAAUACAAUCCAGCUGACUGUUGAAAAGAACCGGAAACAGUGAUAAUAAAAGAGAAAAAAAUGUCACAGAAUAGAAAUUCAAUUAGAAAUUCAUACUGUUGUUCAGAUAUGUUGAGACAUUUUCUAAGACUUCGUUUUACGCCUGAAGAGCUCGAGCAACGCGAUAAAUCACGCAAGAUUGACAAAUUCCUUGAGAAGGACAAGAACUCAUUUCGACGACAGGUGAAAUUACUUUUACUGGGCGCUGGCGAAUCGGGAAAGUCAACAUUUCUUAAACAAAUGCGAAUCAUCCAUGGAAUAAAAUUUGAGCCGGAAUUGAUGCGCGAAUAUCUUCAUGUUAUAUAUCAAAAUAUUGUUAAGGGUAUGCAAGUGCUGGUUGACGCUAGAGAGAAGUUAAAAAUACCUUGGGAGCAUCCAAGCAAUCAAUUAGACGCAAAUCAAGCCAUAUUAUUCCACAGUAAUAAUGAGUUAAAUGUAGACACAUUUCGACAAUAUGCACCCGUCAUUUAUCGUCUGUGGCAGGAUCGAUCGAUAAAAGAGGCUUUUGAUCGUCGGAGAGAGUUUCAAUUGAGCGACUCCGUCAGUUAUUUCUUUGAUGAACUUGAUCGAAUAUCACGCAGUGAUUAUAUUCCUUCACAAAAAGAUAUUCUACACUGCCGUAAAGCCACGAAAGGAGUCUACGAAUUUACAAUUAGGAUACAAAACAUUCCAUUUGUGUUCGUUGACGUUGGUGGUCAACGAACGCAACGUCAAAAGUGGACAAAGUGCUUUGAUGGCUCAGUAACAUCAAUUUUGUUUCUCGUAUCAACAUCAGAAUUUGAUCAGGUGCUUGCUGAGGACAGAAAAACAAAUCGCCUUGAAGAAUCGAAAAAUAUUUUUGAUACGAUAGUUAACAAUACCGCCUUCCAAAAUAUCUCCAUUAUUCUCUUCCUCAACAAAUCGGAUUUGUUGGCAAUAAAAGUGAAGAAUCCUGAGACUGACAUUCGUCGAUAUUAUCCACAAUUCACCGGCAAUCCUCACUCAAUUAUUGAUGUUCAAACUUUCAUUCUUCAAAUGUUUCUUCGUGUUCGUCGCAACAAUAAUCAUCAUCACAGUUUGAAGCCACCACAGCCAAUUUAUCAUCAUUUUACGACAGCUGUCGACACACAAAAUAUUCAGGUUGUGUUCAAUUCAGUGAAAGAUACAAUAUUGCAAAGAAAUCUCGCUUCGAUUAUGAUGCAAUGACAAGUUUCAUCCUCAGAUAUUGAAACAGUAUUGAAUUCUGAUAUCCCAAAAAAAGAAUGAAAAUAAUCGUCCAUUUCACUCGUCAAACAAUGGCUAAUAUUUAUUUAAUUCUUUUAACUCAUUGUUCUUGUUUCUGUUACAUUUUUUUCACCUAUCAUGCGUUUAAAUGAAGCAGUAAAAUAAUAUGUGCAAAAAAGUUUUUAAAGUUAGAUAUAGGUAUGUUGAAUGAAAAUGACAAGAAAAGUUCAAAAUACCAAGAAUUAAAACUUUUGAAAUGUUUGAGAAUUGUUAGAAGCUUGAAUAAUUCUACUCGACCUUAUUCCUAAUUUCUAAUAAUUCUUAUUACAUUUAAAAAAAUGUUGAAUAUUAUGAAUUGUCCUUGUAAUCUUUCAUAUCGCUUUAAAAUAAGCGGAAUUUAUUAGUUUCUCGUUUAAAAAUAAAAAUAAUGAGGUACCUAAUAUGAAUAUUACGCAUUCAGGAUAAAUUGUCAAUUUUCUUUUGCUUUCUCACUCAUUGGCAUAUUAAUGAUUUCAAAUCGGGUUUAUUUAAUAUUCAUAACGUCUUGUUAAAUGAUAAAACAGAAACAAUGAGAGGAAAUAAAGAUGCCGUGAAACGACUGUGUCUAAUUCAUCUAGAUGUUCUUCAUAAGUAUCAAAUUGAUCGAGAUAGAAAGCAAAUAUUUUCUUCUUCAUUUUGUAAUAUAUAAAAAAUGCAAUUAUUCUAGUAUUUUGUGUAAAAAGAAAAUGAUUUUCUAGUUAAAUGUUAAGUUCUAAAGAAGACAAUAUUAAUUCGAUUAAUUUGUAAUUGAUGAAGCUAAAAAAUUAUGAUAACAUGAGAAAAAUCAUAAAUUUUAAAGAUUAUAAAGAAUCGAUUGAAUCUUGAAAAAAAAAAUCAUUUUAACUCAUCUCUUAAGAUCUAAAAAUAAUCUCUAAUAAAUAUACAUCUUUUAAAAUGUCAUAUCGAACAUUAAAAACAUUCAUCUUGAUCUUCAAAGACUUUUUAAGGAAAUUACUGUAUACGCAUUCAAUCUUUAUACUCAUGCCAAACUCAUACUUACACUGGAUAUUCAAUUAUCUAACAAACAAUUUUUAAAGCUUUUUUUUUUGAUAAUCGAAUGUAUGUAUAGAUUUGAUAACAUUUUACGACUUCUUGUAAUUUAUUUAUUUAAGAAGUAAAAUAAAUAAUUAACAAAACCGAAA